GGAGACCUUCACUGCCUGUGUUGGUGCUGUGGGGAGUGCCUUCAGCUUACUGUUGGUUUUAAAGUUUAUUCCAAAAACUACCAAGGUUCAAGCUCCAAAACCCAACACAGACAGUGAGAAUAAAAGCAAGUCAUUAUUCAACGUGGGAGAGAUUACACGACUGAUGAAGUUUCCAGGUGUGGCCCGGACUUUUGUUGUGAAGGUUGUCGCCGGUUUGCCAUCAGGCAUUUUCCAGGUGAUGUUUUCCAUCAUUGCAUUGGAGUUCUUGAAGCUGCAACCUGAGCAGAACGGCUAUCUCAUGGCUUAUAUUGGCAUCGUUCAAAUGGUUAUUCAGGGAGCUGUGAUCGGUCGGCUCACAGCGAGGUACUCCGAGAACUCGCUGCUGCUUCUGUCCAUUGGAGUUUCUUCUUUGGUUGGAUUGGCUCAGGCUUACAUGCAGAAUGUGUUCCAGUUCUGUCUCAUUGUGGUCCCGAUGAUGUUUUCUCUCAGUGUGUUUAAUGUCAUCACAGACAGCAUGCUCACCAAGAGCGUACCGUCCUCUGACACAGGCACAAUGCUGGGACUGUGUGCAUCCGUCCAGUCUCUGCUUCGUACAGUCGGGCCGACUGCUGGAGGCUUCCUGUACGUGAACUACGGCAUUUCCUCUAUAGGUCUUAUCCAGUUCGUUGUGAAUAUAGCUGUGUUUGUGCACCUGCUGCAGCGUCGCCUCAAGAAGACAACAGCGCAAAAGGAAUGAGGUUGUUAGAAAAAAGCUUCUCCGUAAAAUGAACAGAGGAGGAUGGAAAUCAGUGUUUGAUUUUACGAACAAUCAUUUGUACAGUUACUUAUAUUUAAAAGUACUCUGUUGCAGUUUACAUGAUGAGAUAAGGUCAAGUCAAUCCAGUUCUUCAUUAUUCAGAUUUAUUUUAGUUUUGCUGUUUAAGCUGUGAUUGAGGUUCAGGACCAAACCACUAGAUGGAAGCAAAUCCUCUAUUUUACCUGAUGAUACUCUUAUUUCUAGGGUUCAUCAUACUGAGAUUUUAUUAAACCUCAUCAAAUACUAUGAAAUAUUGGACCAAUCCAUAUUGCUCCAAAUUGAGGAUAGUUAUAUCAGAACAAUUUUUAAUAUGUAAUGAAAACAUUUAUUUCAUUAAACUUUUUUUUUGUAA